AUGGCAGCAGAAGUCCAACUAAUACAGCCUCUGAAGCUGCCGAAAGGCCCUUCCAAUCUCACCUCGGAGCAAAAAUACUGGAAUGCCUUCGCCUCGGAGCUCCGACUUGACCCAUCGCAGCAUUCGUCGCCGGUAACGCACAUCUCCAUACCGCCUCCGCCGCCUUCGAACCUCCAUUCUGCGACUCAAGAUCUCUUCGCAGUCACCACUGGCUCGCGUGUACAAAUCUUCUCCUCAAAGACGCGGAAAGUGGUCAAAACCAUCUCGCGAUUCGGCGUUGAUGAUAUUGCGCAUUCAGGAAACAUACGGCGUGAUGGCAGGAUCUUGGUCGCAGGAGGAGAUAGUGGCGCGAUCCAGGCAUUCGAUGUGAAGAGCAGGGCCAUUCUCAAGACUUGGAAAGAGCACAAACAGCCUGUUUGGGUCACGCAAUGGCAUCCCUCCGAGCUCACGAGCCUCAUGAGCUGCUCGGAUGAUAGGACGGUGCGAUUAUGGGAUCUGCCAAGUGACAAGAGCGUGACCAAGUUCAAUGGGCAUCAGGACUACGUGCGCUGCGGUACAUUCAUGCCUGCGCAGAGUGGGCUGCUUGUGUCUGGCAGUUAUGAUCAGACGGUCCGAUUGUGGGAUUCAAGAGCGGGCGGCAAAGCAGUCAUGGUGUUCAAGCACGCCGCCCCAAUUGAAGCUGUGUUACCCAUGCCCUCGGGAACCGCCGUCCUAGCAUCUAGCGACAAUGUCAUCAGCGUUCUCGAUAUCGUCGCAGCGAAGCCAAUCCAUAUGUUGCGCAACCAUCAAAAGGCCGUUACAGCGCUCUCCCUCGCGAACAACGGCGAGCGUCUACUUAGUGGCGCCCUCGACGGCCACGUCAAGGUCUUCGAAACUACCGGAUGGAACGUCGUCGGGGGACUGAAAUAUCCCUCACCUAUUCUCUCUCUCAACGUCAUCCCCAGCCAAAAAGAAGACAAGCACAUCGCGGUUGGUAUGCAGUCUGGCCUCUUGUCCAUCAAGACUCACCUCUCCGGCGAACAAAAGGCGCAGGCCAAGGAGAGGGCAAAGGAAAUGAAGGCCUUGAUGGAGGGAAAGAUUGAGGAAUAUGAUCAGAAAAACAAGAAAAGGAAGCGUGGGAGAGGCUGGGAAAAGCGCGUGAGGGGUAAGGACUUCACAGGUGAAGGGGCGGAUAUCGUAAUCGAAGGCAAUGCGAGGGGCAAGAUCGGGUCAGGACAACCAUGGGCACAUGUGCUGAGGGCAGGACAGUAUGCCAAGGCACUAGAUAUGGUGCUGGAAACAACGGACAACAAUGCUCGUGAACAAUCCUUGACCCUUUUCACCGCUCUUCGGCACCGCAGCGCUCUCCGAACAGCCCUAAUGGGCCGCGACGAGGUGACUUUACAGCCCAUUCUGCGCUGGCUCAUCAAGAACAUUUCAGACUACCGCAUUACGAGGUUAACCACCGAUGUAGCUCUGGUAGUGCUGGACCUGUAUGCAGAUCAGCUAGGACGAAGCGAAGAGAUUGACAGUUUGGUCGAUGCGCUCAUGGACAGGGUGAAGGUUACGGUCGAGGCUAGCCAGAUUGCGUGGAGUGUACGGGGCAUGGUAGAUAUGCUCACUGCUAGUACGGGGCCAGAGGAGGCUGCAGAAGCUUAA